AUGAUGGAAGAUUGUUGCUCUGAGGUGGAAGAUUGUUUGGAUCACGUGUACAGGAGGUGUAGGAACAAAGAUAAAUCAGUAGGUCCAUUGGAGAUUAGAGUGAUGAGUUUGGGUACUUUUGAUUCGCUAAUGGACUUUAGUAUCUCUCAAGGAUCUUCAGUGAAUCAGUAUAAGACUCCAAGUUGUGUUAAAUCUGGAGGAGCACUUCAGAUUCUUCAUUUCAGAGUUAUUGGGAGGUUCUUCAGCAAGAGAGUUCCUCAGUGGGAACCGCUUGGUUUAGAUUCUUAG